AUGUUACGAUUUUGGACUCCCCUUAUUGCUUCACUAGUCUUAGCAAUCUUAGUAUUUGGACACCUUGAACACGAGACUCAUGACCAUGUUCAAGUGGAUAAGCCUCGUAUCUGGACUGAAGAAGUGUUUACAUCUUCACCAGUCGAGCCGUCUCGCAGCGAGGAAGAAUACGCCUUUAAGUUCGGUCCUCAAGUAGAUUUGCCUUUCAGCGGACCAUUAUCAUUUGCACACCUCCCGUAUAUUCGUUGUUUGGACGAUAUAGGCUCAGAGAAGAACCUAUUCGAUAUCGCCAUUCUGGGAAUGCCUUUUGAUACGUCCGUUUCGUAUCGACCUGGCGCUCGGUUUGGACCCCAUGGAAUACGGAGUGGAAGCAGGAGGUUAAGACGUGAGAGAGGAUAUAGCCUCGCCUGGGAAGCUUCACCAUAUUCAACGAAUGACACUACAGUGCUAGAUUGUGGAGAUGUUCCCAUCUCCCCCUUCGACAACUCGAUCGCAGUGGCGCAAAUGGCAGCUGCAUAUUCAACACUACUUGCGCGUCCGGUCGCCAAUCCAUGUACUGAGUCGAUCAGGUCCUCUUGUGUUACGAAGAGACUUUCUAUUGAUGGCAAGGACCACCCUCGGAUUGUGACUCUUGGUGGAGAUCAUGCUGUCGUCCUUCCAAUUCUUCAAUCCCUUCACAAAGUCUAUGGGCGGAUCACCGUCAUACACUUUGAUAGUCAUUUGGAUACUUGGCCAGCUCAAGGAUAUUACGGAAACAGCGAAGAUUCUCUCAUCACUCAUGGAACAUUUUUCUGGACUGCUUCGUAUCAGGGCUUGCUUGCCAAAGGGACAUGUGUGCACGCUGGCAUUCGGUGCAACACUAACAUCGAUCUCUUACCCUUUCAAACCUUACAGGAUAUCGAUGAUUUAGUGAAUGAUGAAGAAGUCGGUUUCGCAAUCAUCACGACGGAUGAUAUAGACGAUAUUGGUCCCGCAGGCAUCGCUAAACUCAUUCGUGACCACGUUGGGGAUGGGCCCAUCUAUCUUAGUUUGGAUAUCGACGUCAUUGAUCCCGUAGCGGCACCAGCAACUGGCACUCCUGAGCCUGCUGGAUGGACUCCACGUGAAUUGAACGGUAUUCUUCGAGGAUUGGCGGGUUUGAAUUUUGUCGGCAUGGACAUUGUUGAGGUUGCUCCAGCUUACGAUACGAACGCGGAGACGACAGGCCUGGUCGCUGCGGGCAUAGUACAUGAAUUUCUGUCAAUGUUUAUCGCUGACACUCCACCAAAAGGUUUCAAGAGUUCAUUGCGCCUGAAGAAAGGUUCUGGCAUAUAAAGUGUCUUUUCUGGGUUUGUUUGCUUUCCUUCCAAAUGGGAAAGCAUAUAUACACAAUUGGCCAUCGGGGUCGGAUACCGUA